AAAAUUUAUUGUAACGACCCAGGACCAACCCCUGAGUAUUACCCCGGCAAACAGAGCGACGAAAAAUUGUCGUUACAAUUGGCGCCCGAGCAGGGACAGUGUUCAAGGAUUUUUUUUAAUAAUGAAGUUAUCCCAGCCAAAAUCAAGUAUGACCGUGUUCAGAAGAUUUUAAAUACGAAAGCAAACAGGAAACUAUGUAAACCGAAAGAAAUUAUGAUUUUAUCAUCAGAAUGAAUGGCACAAGCUAACGUUACCACAAAGUAAAAUAAAAACACAAGACGUCCAAAGAUUAAAUGCCUCAUGUCGAUCAUGGCUUCAUCAUAUGCUCAUGUCGUAGAACAGAUAAGGAAGUGGUCGGUACGUUACGACGGACGAAAGAAUCCAUUGGGUUUUAUAGAAAGAAUAGAAGAACUAGCAGAUGUUUACGCCAUUAACGUAAAUCUAGUUCCCAAGACGAUGCCUAUACUUCUCGAAGACAAGGCACUAAUGUGGUAUCGCAAUAAUAAUAAGCAUUGGCAGUUAUGGACAACUUUCAAAAUCGACUUCCUAAAAUUUUUCAUUUCCUCUAAAUAUUUUGAAAAAUUAGAAGACGAGGUGCGUUUGCGGCUUCAUAAACCAAAGGAAAAAUUCAAGGAUUAUUUUAUCGACAUUCAAAAUUUAAUGCGACGAGCUUGCCUGGAUCCAGAUUCACAAUUAGAGCGAAUAUAUCGCAACAUGAACACAGAUUACAAAGUGUACAUCAAACAUCAAGACUUCACAAGCUUAAAUGAGUUAGCAACACUUGCUGAUGACUUUGAAGAACUUCACACAACACAGCACAAAGUGAGUCGAGACCGUGUUCAAGAAGAAACUAUCCACA